CGGCCGUUAGCGCUGUCGCUCCGGGGCCCGCGGCGGGCGGGGCUCCGGCGGGGCCCGGCCUAGUCCCCACCCCAGCUCGGCUCCCAGCCGCCCGCCCUCCCUCCCUCUCCCCGAUGCAGGGGGCCGAGCUCCGGGAUGGCGAGGCGGCGGCGGCGGCGGCGGCUUCGUACCGCGUCCUGAGCCGCCUGCUCGGCUAUGGAGAGUCGGCCCCCGAGCCAGGCCCGCCGCCGCCGCCCCCGGGCCAUGGUCCCCCGCCGCCACCCUUCCUCUCGCGGCCCGGCCCGCGGGGUUCCCGGCCGCCGCAGCUGAUGGUGUUCCGCAACGUGGGUCGGCCGCCGGAGGAGGAGGACGCGGAGGCGGCCCCGGACCCGGGACCCUCGGAACUGCUGUGUCCCCGGCAUCGCUGUGCCCUGGACCCGAAGGCCCUGCCGCCGGGGUUGGCGCUUGAGCGGACCUGGGGCCCGGCGGCUGGACUAGAGGCGCAGUUGGCGGCUCUGGGGCUCGGGCAGCCGGCGGGGCCGGGGGUCAAGACGGUCAGUGGGGGUUGCUGCCCGUGCCCGUGCCCCCCGCAGCCGCCCGCUCCGCAGCCCCAGCCGCCUGCUGCCGCCCCGCAGGCCGGGGAGGAUCCCACGGAAACGAGCGACGCGCUGCUGGUCCUGGAGGGCUUGGAGUCGGAGGCCGAGAGCCUGGAGACCAACAGCUGCUCGGAAGAGGAGCUCAGCAGCCCUGGCCGCGGAGGAGGAGGGGGCGGACGGCUUCUGCUGCAGCCCCCAGGCCCUGAAUUACCCCCGGUGCCCUUCCCGCUGCAGGACUUGGUCCUUCCAGGGCGCUUGAGUAGAGGGGAGCAGCAGCCGCAGCAACCUCCCCCGCCCCCGCCUCCUCCUGGGCCCCUCCGGCCACUCGCGGGCCCUUCUCGCAAGGGCUCCCUCAAAAUCCGCCUCAGUCGCCUGUUUCGGACGAAGAGCUGCAAUGGUAGCUCGGGCGGUGGGGAUGGGGCCGGCAAGAGGCCUUCUGGAGAGCUGGCUGCUUCAGCUGCGAGCCUGACGGACAUGGGAGGCUCUGCGGGCCGGGAGCUGGACGCAGGGAGGAAACCCAGGUUGACAAGAACUCAAAGUGCCUUUUCUCCGGUCUCCUUCAGCCCGCUGUUCACAGGUGAAACAGUGUCGCUUGUGGACGUGGACAUCUCUCAGCGGGGCCUGACCUCUCCCCACCCUCCAACUCCUCCUCCUCCUCCGAGAAGAAGCCUCAGCCUCCUAGAUGAUAUCAGUGGGACGCUGCCUACAUCUGUCCUUGUGGCUCCGAUGGGGUCUUCCCUGCAGUCUUUCCCCCUACCUCCGCCUCCUCCACCCCAUGCCCCAGAUGCAUUUCCCCGGAUUGCUCCCAUCCGAGCAGCUGAAUCCCUACACAGCCAGCCCCCCCAACACCUCCAGUGUCCUCUCUACCGGCCUGACUCAAGCAGCUUUGCAGCCAGCCUUCGAGAGUUGGAGAAGUGUGGUUGGUAUUGGGGGCCAAUGAACUGGGAAGAUGCAGAGAUGAAGCUAAAAGGGAAGCCAGAUGGUUCUUUCCUGGUACGAGACAGCUCUGAUCCUCGUUAUAUCCUGAGCCUCAGUUUCCGAUCACAGGGUAUCACCCACCACACCAGAAUGGAACACUAUAGAGGAACUUUUAGCCUGUGGUGUCAUCCCAAGUUUGAGGAUCGCUGUCAGUCAGUGGUGGAGUUCAUUAAGAGAGCCAUCAUGCACUCUAAGAAUGGGAAGUUUCUCUAUUUCUUGAGAUCCAGGGUUCCAGGACUGCCACCCACUCCAGUCCAGCUGCUCUAUCCUGUGUCCCGAUUCAGCAAUGUCAAAUCCCUCCAGCACCUUUGCAGAUUCCGAAUCCGACAGCUCGUCCGGAUAGAUCACAUUCCGGAUCUCCCACUACCUAAACCUCUGAUCUCUUAUAUCCGAAAGUUCUACUACUAUGAUCCUCAGGAAGAGGUAUACCUGUCUCUAAAGGAAGCGCAGCUCAUUUCCAAACAGAAGCAAGACUUGGAACCCUCCACGUAGCGAGCAGCCCCCUGCUGGUCACCACCAAGGGCAUUUGGUUGCCAAGCUCCAGUUUUGAAGAACCAAAUGAAGCCACCAUGAAAAGAGGAGUGAGGAAAGGCAAGAGGGAAUAGGAAGGGUUGGGAUCCUCUGCGCAAAGACUCUGGUUCCCCUCGUAGCCCUGGGGCUUGGAAGAAGCACACAACCGUACUCUCUGAGUGGGGGCUCCAGCUUUCACAUCCAGUCCCUGUGGUAUCCCUGAACUGGAUGAGCUCCUUGGAAAACUGGAAGAAGUCUCAACACUGUUCCUUUUUCAGAAGUUUUGUUUUGGAUAUUUGCAUUGAUCAGUAUGGAAAAUUCACCUUAAAGGCAGCUGGAGUUUGUGCCCGUUGGAUUGGAAGUGGUGCCAAGGGUGAGGAGGUCUGAAGGCAGGGAGGGGAGGAGAGGGGCUUGCCAGUGACAGUCAUUCAGCUGGUGCCAAAGGCAGAAUGCAAGUCUUCACCACUGACCUUGAAGAAGGGAAGAGAAGGAGUCGGAAGGGCAAAUCAAGUUGGGAGUUUCUGAGGGAUGAGAAUCUGCUUCUCUUUAAGCAAGGGCAGCUUCAGUAGGAGCAGGAAAGAGAGGAAGGUGGGUGUCUCAAACAGAAGAUUACUGGACAAAAACUGGCAAAUGGCCUCUCCGGGGGGAAGUAGUGACUCCUUGCAUCCUUUCCUUCCAGGUUUGGGAAACUGAUUUCAGGAUCAUCUCUCGUACAGUCUGUGUUAUGUUUGUUUUAUGAAUUACUAAGUUCUGUGACCUCAAGUUAGCCCCGUUCUUCCUCUACCCUCAACUCAUUCCCCUUGAGAUAACUGUACAUUUCACUCUGGUCAUGGGAACGUCAUUUCUGUUGCUUCCACCAGCUGUCACGGUACCUGAGCAGUUCAGAGCUCCAGUCAUGUGCUGCUGGAGUUAAUGGAGCAUGCUUCCAGAUUCUUAAUGGCAAACCGUACCCAUGACUUUGGAGUCAGUGUUACUUACCUCCAUAUGUCUGUCAGCUAGUGAGAGGAAACGUGGAGGCAGUGAGAAAGGAAGCCAUUGUCGUUGUGCUCUUCCUAGACAAAGCUCUCUAGUGUCUCAGCCUUAAUGGGAUGUCCUUGGAUCAGUGAGGAGGAGAGCAUUACAUCUCACAUUUUUAGCUUUAUCACUGUCGUCCCACUUCUGGGACGGGAGGUAGCAAGGGCUUCUUAAUUUUCCUGUGUUCUUUCUAGCAACCCAAACAUUUUCCUGAGUCAGAUCCUAUUUGCCCUCCUUUCACUGGGAAGUCUGUCAGAUGCUGAUUUGAGAGUUGCCUGUCUGCUAGGUGGAAGUGGAGGAGGAGGGAGAAAAACUCCAGUGCUUUUCAGUGGUCUUUAAUUUUUUCUGAAGCGGGCCAUUGUCAAAUCAUAACAUUGAGUUUGCUCUUCUAUGGAGUUACUCUGGGGAAAGGUUUUCUAUUAAGGUGUGAAAAUUGAGCUAUUUGGUCUUUAUUACUCUUUUGCAGUAAGUGUUCCAUUAGACUGCUUUUGGUUCCCCUAUGCUUAUAUCUGCCUCAUCUCAUGAG